GUUUCCAAUUUAAAGUGUUCAGUUGGGUGUGUGCUGACUUUUUAAAGUUAAACGAUGUGAUUUGAAGUUUACUUGUCAAAAAAAUAACCUCCAAAGUUGACAAUUAAGAAUAUAACCUCAAAAAUAAAUUAAAAAAAUGAAAUUUUUAAUAAAUUUUUGCUUAGUAUUAGUUUUAAUUACUUGUAGUAGAGUUAAUGGUGAUGUAUCGUCGAUAAUAAUGAAACAACCUUCAUGUAUUGUUAUCAAACAAUUUUGUUCCACACAAAAAGCUAAUGAUUUUCAAAUUAUUGAAUGCAUACUUUCAGACCCAAGCAAUGUUAAUCGGCUGGAUAGUGAAUGCCAGCAUGUUGUUUGGGAACAAAUUAGUGAGAUAAUCAGCAAUAAAUAUGUACGCGAAUUUUUGUCACCAUUAUGUGAAAAUGAUCACUCUUUUCAAUGCGAACAUACCGACCCCAGUUCAGAAAUAUCUUACUUAAAAUGCGCUAUUAAUGUUAAAAACGAAAUCAGCGUUAAAGACUGUGUAAAUACUAUAACGCGAUUCGAAAAUAUAGCGUUUGAUGAUUUAAAAUGGAUUUCAAAUUUUCUUAAGCAUUGUAACACAGCUGUUGAGAAGUUUAAGUGUGGUCGCUUAACUGGGGAUAGUUCUUCUCAAGGUGAAACUUUGAGUUGUUUACAAAAUUAUUAUAGAGAAAUUGAUUCUGAAUGUCAGAGAGAAAUUAUGGAAUUAUCUGAAAUACAAUCAGAUAACAUUAAAUUAGACCGACAACUUUAUAUGGCUUGUGCUACCGAUCACAUGCAUUAUUGUUCUCUGUAUUCACCUGGUAGUGGAAAAGUAUUUAAGUGUCUUAUGCAACAUUAUAACGAUCAUUUAGACGAAAAAUGUCGCAAUCACUUAUUAAAGCGACAAAAAUUAAUUAUGGAAGAUUAUCGCCUUAGCAAAGGUUUGAUGCGAACUUGUAAAGAUGAUAUCAAAAAGUACCAUUGUCGGAGGCAAACGUCUGAGGAUAAAAGUAUUCGAUUAGCUCAAGUUUUGUUGUGUCUUGAAAAUGUUAUGAAGAAUGGUACCAAGAUUGAUAACGAUUGCGAAAACGAAAUGAAGGAUCACCGACGGAUUUUAAUGGAAGAUUUUAGAUUAUCACCAGAGAUUGUUGAUGGUUGUUCUUUGGAUAUUAAAAAGUUUUGUAACAAUUUGGAAGUUGGAGGGAAAACGUUACAUUGUCUUAUGGAACAUGCUCGAGUGAAAAAUACCAAAAAAAUUAGGGAUUCUUGUCAAAGAGCGUUAGAAAAAUUAAUAAAAGAAACUGAUGCAGCUGAAGAUUGGCGUGUAGAUCCAGUAUUACACGACGCUUGUAUUACUGUCGUAAAAGUGGCGUGUAAUGGUAUAAAAGCUGGGGAAGCAAGGGUUAUGACUUGUUUACUAGAUAACAUUGGAAACGAAGUAAUGACCGAUGAAUGUGAAGACGCGCUAUUUCAAAUACAAUAUUUCGUCGCAAGAGAUUUUAAAUUAGACCCACAACUAUACAAAGCAUGUCGCGAUGAUGCAAAUCGAUUUUGUCACGCAGGAAAAGAAUGGGAAGAUCCAACAAAUCAUCCAGAAAGUGGACCUUUAGUUUUGCCCUGUUUGUAUCGUUACGCUUAUGGACCCAAUAAAGACAUGAAAUUGAAACCAAAAUGUUUUGAACAAGUAAAACGAGUAAUGAGACAAAGAGCACUAAACGUUGAUUUACACCCGGAAAUCGAAGAAAACUGUUUGGAGGAUUUAGCGAUGCAUUGUUUUGAAAAAACCGGAAAAGGUGAAGAGUUGCAAUGUUUACAAUUAAAUUUAGAAAAAGUUAGCGAUGUUUGUAAAAAAACUAUCGAAGAAUUCACCGAAGAUGAAGCACAACACAUUGAAUUAAAUCCAUAUAUAAUGAAAAAUUGUAAAAACGAAAUGAAUCAACUUUGCGACUCCGAACUCGGGAAUGAAGAUGGUGAUGUUAUGAGUUGUUUGAUUUCACACAAAAACGAAAUGACAAUCAAACGUAACAACAAAUGCAAAAUUAGUAUAGAACAUUUUCAAAUUAUUUCGCUUAAAGAUUACCGAUUUUCAUACAAAUUUAAAAUGGCCUGUAAACGUUUUGCAUUACAAUUUUGUCAGAACGAAAAAUCUAAAGCUGGUGUUGUAACGUGUUUAAGCGAAAAGGUUCUUAACGACACCAUGAUGGGCAUUAAAAGCGAAAUCCAAAAGGAUUGCAGACAACAAUUACGCGCACAACUUUUUUUACAAAGAGAAAGUAUCAACAACGACCCAAAGUUAUAUUCGGCUUGUAAAGACGACGUUAAAAAAUUUUGUGGAAAUGUGCCUGCUGAUUCGGCACAGGUAAAGGUUUUAGAAUGUCUUCAAUCAACCCAAGAUAAAUUAUCAGAAACUUGUCAAGUCGAAUUAUUUAAAAUUAAACGUGAAGAAAUCGCGGAUAACACCGUUGAUUACGCUUUAGUUACAAACUGUGAGGAUUCUAUCGAUCAAUUUUGUCCCAAAACUGAACGAGAACAUGUUUUGGAUUGUUUAAAAAAAAACAGAGAUGAAAAAGGUUUCAAUAAAAAGUGUCGUACAAUAGUGAUUCAUCGAAUGAUCGAACAAAACUCCGAUUACCGCUUAAAUCCAGGUUUACACGAAAAUUGUCAAGACGACAUCAAAAAAUAUUGCAGUGAAAUCGUAGCUCGUCAGAGUCCCGAUCACGAAUUAAAUGGCAAGGUGAUUGGAUGUUUGAGAGAUUCAUUUCGACGAUCAAGAUUAUCGAAUCGUUGCGAAAAAGAAAUGACAGAUGUGUUACGACAACAAGCCCUCGAUUUACGAUUAAAUCCUUUAUUAAGGGUUGUUUGCAAAAAUGAAUUGAGCACAAUCUGUCAAAUUGAUGAAGACGAUAGUCGCGGAACAGCCGAGGAAUGCUUAAAAAACGCAUUGUUGAAGAAGCAAAUUCACACGAAAGAGUGCCAAGAUGAAAUUGUUUAUAUGAUUGAAGAAAGUCAAGCGGAUAUUAAUGCGGAUCCUUUAUUACAUGAAGCUUGUGCUUUGGAUUUAUUGAAAUAUUGUAGUGAAAUUCCACAAGGAAGUGGACGACAUAUAAAAUGUUUAAAAUAUGUUUUGGCUGAUCCUAAAAAUAAACCAUUAACGGAUGAAUGUGCAAAUAUGUUUAAAACAAGAAUUGAAAUGUAUAAACAAAUUGAUUAUGCUGCACCUGAGAAUUUAGUACAGCUAUACAGUCAGGUGGCUUUAUCUCCAGCAAAACAUUACUUCCUCUUUUUAAUCUUUUUGGUUAUAUCAUCAAUGUUGAUGAUUGGAAUUUUUUGCGGAAGAGUUACAAAACGUCAUAUGCUUCUCAAAAAUAAAUGAUGUUCGAUUUACAGGAAAAUACGGAUUAAAAACCACACCAAAGGAGCAGCACUAUAACAAGAAAUAAAAAUAUAUAUAUUAUUUUAUAUAAAAUAAAUAAAUAUCAAGAAUAAAAUGUGAUAGUCGUUGUAAAAACUACGAAAUAAAUCGUAAUUUUCUAACAAUAAAGAAAA